UUAUGUCUGAUAGGCAAAAGGUAUACUUCUAAACAUUGCAUUUAUUUUUCUGUUAUUCUAAAGAUUCAUUAUUCUAAAGGCCUUGGUUUUAUUUUUUUAAAUAGGGUUUACUAGAAGCUAUGGAGCAGGUGGUGCCUUAUGCAGACAAAAGGUAUUGUGUGAGGCAUAUAUGGGCAAACUUCAAGCUACAAUUUAGUGGUGCAACUUUCAAGGAGUUGUUCUGGUCAGCAGCUAGGGCAACAACUUUGUUUGACUUUGAAGUGGCAAUGGAAUCAAUUAAGUUUCUGUCUGAAGAAGCAUAUGAAUAUCUAGCUGAGAUCCCAGCUCAACACUGGUCCAGACAUGCAUUUAGUCCAUUCCCAAAGUCUAACAUGUUGCUCAACAAUGUAUGUGAGAAUUUUAAUGCCGUCAUCAAAGAAGCAAGGGAUAAGCCAAUUUUGACUCAGAUGGAGUGGCUUUGGAGGUACAUGAUGAGAAGGAACCAUGAGAAAUGGGAGAGUUAUCAGGAAAUGGAAGAUUUCAAGGGGUGA